CCCUUUGUGCGCCUGCGCGUUGGCGCUCCCGCCCUCUUGCUGCGCUUGGCUGAGUCAGUCAGUCUGACGGAGUCUGUCCUCUGAGCCGGAGGUGUGAAGCGACUUCGGAGAGCUAUAGCCGCCCGAUUAUUCUCUUUCCCCUCCCUCUCUCCCACCCCGCAUCUUUCUUCACCCCUCUCCCGUCCUUGCUCGCGUAGCCAUGGCAGAGCCGUCGGCGGCCACCCAGUCCCCGUCCGUCUCCUCGUCGUCCUCCGGGGCCGAGCCCUCUGCGCCCGGCGGCGGGAGUCCGGGCGCCUGCCCCGCCCUGGGGGCGAAGAGCUGCGGCUCCUCCUGUGCGGAUUCCUUUGUUUCUUCCUCUUCCUCUCAGCCUGUAUCUCUAUUUUCGACCUCACAAGCCAGUUGCCUUGAUCAUACUGCUUUUCUCUCAAAAGAAGUUGGUCAGAUGGAACAGCAAAUAAAGAAAGAUCAAGAAUCCAGGAACACAAGUGAAAUACCAAGUAGGGAAGAUAAAACUGCCUUGGAUGUUGAUAAGUUCACUUUGCAAACAGCCCAGAAACCACCGACUGAAUUAUCUAAGGCAGAAAGCAUUUGUCCAUAUUCCUUAUCCCCGUCUGAAGUUUCAGGAGGCAGUAUUACUGAAAAGGAUUCCCCUGAAUCACCAUUUGAAGUAAUUAUUGACAAAGCGGCAUUUGAUAAAGAAUUUAAAGAUGCAUAUAAGAAGUGCACAAAUGAUUUUGUUAGCUGGGCAAUGCACACUGAUAGUGAAUCAUCUGCAGACAUUUUGGAGUCUAGUGACAAAGUAUUUCCAUUGCGAAGUAAAGAGGCAGGGCGUUAUCCAACUUCUGCAUUGCUAACUAGACAGUUUUCACACACAACUGCAGCAUUGGAAGAGGUGUCUAGGUGUGUGAAUGAUAUGCAUAACUUUACCAAUGAAAUACUGACUUGGGAUUUGGUUCCCCAAGUGAAACAAAAGAGUGAUAAGUCUGACUACAUAGCAAAAACUACAGGACUUGACAUGAGUAAUUAUGAUUCAGAAAUUCCAGUGGUAAAUCUUAAGGCUCAUCAGAAAAUUCCUGUAUGUUCUGUUAAUGGAAGCACUCCUAUCACUAACUCAACAGGUGAUUGUGCAGAAGCUUCUUUCACCCAAGAAAAUGCCAUUAAAAAAUCUAUAGCAAACUCUCCAGGUUGCACAAAAGAAGUCAUUACCAAAGAUGUGCAAGACAAGGCACAGAAACAAGAUGACCCACUUUCAAAGUUGCCUGGGUCUCCACUUGAGAAAUGUGUGUCUUUGGGUUCUGGAGUGGCUUCCGUCAAGGUGGUUUUACCUGAUGACCACCUGAAAGGUGAACUACACUGGCAGAGCUCCAUGUUGGGAGAAGUGACAGAGGUGGAUAGCUCUGGCGAAUCUGAUGACACCGUAAUAGAAGAUAUCAUGGCAGACACAUCUUUUGAUGGUCACAAAAUUCAGGCAGAAAAACCUGUUUCUGAUCCAAGUGCUAUUGUAAAAAUAGAUAAAAGGGAAAUUAAAGAAAUGCUCAGUUGUACUAAGAAAAACAAAACAUUAGAAAACUCUGAAGGGUCAGUCAGUGACUGUGAACCACAAGUUCAGUCUGAUAUUCUUGAAAGAAAUCCAGCACCUUCCCAAGUACCUGAUGAGAAUGUCAUGUCAGAAGCUAUGAAACAGUCAGGUAGUGUGGGUGAAGUUGCUCCUGCAAAUACUGCUGCAACUGACAACCCUAAUCUUUUUUCUGCAGCAUCUCCAACUGUUGUUAAGGAGACAAAAUUCUCCCUAAAUGUGACAGCAUCUACCUAUUUGGAGUCAUUACAUGAAAAAAGUGUUAAAGAUAUAGAUGAUUCUUCCCCUGAGGACCUGAUAGCAGUUUUUACAGAAACCAGUGAUAAAGUGAUGAUAGAUAAAGGGGAAGAAAAUGCAUUUGAAGCAACAUCAGGCAAGACUGUGAACUUUAAAACAACUCUUCCUGUAAAAGACUUGCAUGAAAGUGAGCCAAAUGGUGCAGAAAUGAAAGACAUAACAGGCAAAUACACUGAACAAAAAAGAAAUGGAAGGGAGCUUCUGGAUAUUUUUCCUACUCAGGAUUCUCCAGUGGCAUCUCUUGACUUGGAACAAGAACAGCUCACAAUCAAAGCCCUUAAAGAGCUUAGUGAAAGGCAGGUUGAGAAGUCACAGGCUGAAUUAGACUUUGCUUCUAAAGAAAUACACAAGCCGUCUUUCACCUUUGCUCCAGAAUCUUCUUGGCCACAGAGAUCAAGUGCUGUCCUAGGACAUCUGGAUGUAAAGACUGGAUCUGAUCUUGGGAUUUCAAAAAAACCCACUAUUGUCAAAGCAGCUACUAAGGUAGAUACUGUUUCCAGCCUUAGCAAGACUGAACUGGUAAACAAGCAUGUCCUAGCAAGACUUCUGACAGACUUCUCAGUUCAUGACCUGAUAUUCUGGCGAGAUGUGAAGAAGACUGGGUUUGUCUUUGGCACCACACUGGUCAUGCUGCUUUCGCUGGCUGCAUUCAGUGUCAUCAGCGUGGUUUCUUACCUCAUCCUGGCUCUUCUUUCUGUCACCAUCAGCUUCAGGGUCUACAAGUCUGUCAUCCAGGCUGUACAAAAGUCAGAAGAAGGCCAUCCAUUCAAAGCAUACCUGGAUGUGGACAUCGCUUUGUCCUCAGAAGCCUUCCACAAUUACGUUAAUGCCGCCAUGGUGCAUGUCAACAGGGCCCUGAAGCUUGUUAUUCGUCUCUUUCUGGUGGAAGAUCUGGUCGACUCCUUGAAGCUGGCUGUCUUCAUGUGGCUGAUGACCUAUGUUGGUGCAGUUUUCAAUGGAAUCACCCUUCUCAUCCUUGCUGAACUGCUCGUGUUCAGUGUCCCAGUUGUCUAUGAGAAGUACAAGACCCAGAUUGAUCACUAUGUUGGCAUCGUGCGCGAUCAGACCAAGUCGAUUGUUGACAAGCUUCAAGCAAAACUCCCUGGAAUCGCCAAAAAAAAGGCAGAAUAAGUACAUGGAAAUGAGAAACACAACAGUUACUAAAACACCAUUUAAUAGUUAUAAUGUUGUUACUUGUCCUAUGAAGGAACUGCUCAGUGUCAGCUUGAGCCUGUAUUCCAAGCUUUUUUAUUUUAAUUUGGUAUUUCUCCCCUCCUUUCCCUUUUCUCUCAGUAUCAAGCACAAGAAUUGCUGGACUAAAAAAAGAACUGAUAUCUUAGAACUCAAAAGAAUGCAGAAAGAAUCAAAUUAAUAGGAUAAACCAAUACCACAGUGGUGGUGGAGCUUUUGCUUGUAGCUUGAAAGGGGAAGGGUUGGGGGUAAAGGAGAAAGGGAAAGAAAAAUCGCAUCCCUCGGGUGCUUCUCUCCAGUUUUCAAAGGCUUGCCUUACACAGCUUCCCUUCAUAGUUUUGCUCUAAUUUUUAAGUUAAGAAAUGAUUAACUUAUGAAUGAUCUUGGGGACAAGAGUGGAAUUCCUUCCCGUGAGUUUUUGUUUUUGGGGGGGUUUUGUGCUACCUUCUGAUGUCGUCUUCCUACCCCACAGUGUAAGCAGCUAGUUCUAAUAUUCCUCUUUACUUAGUGAUAUAACUUUCAACUCUGUGAAUAACUUGUAGGUGAUAGUGAUAACUCCUGGUUCACGGAAUAUCAUCAGAUAAUCAAGCGUGGAAGCAGAAAGUGGCCCCGGAAAGGAGUCAGCAGGCCCCGAGACUGCGCUCCCUCCCAGCUGCCCCUGGGAAGCAGCACUCCCCCACUGGGAAGGUGGCGUUCCUGUUGUUUCUUUUGGACACCAGUUCUGAGUUAGUUUAAGGACUCAUUCCAGAAUGUGCUUACUUCCCUCCCCCCUACCUAUCUCCCCUCAAGGUUAAUAAAUAUGGUUGUACUUUUCUUAUUAUGAAAUAAAUGUCUGUAACUGCUGUACACUGCUGUAAACUUGUUAAAGAAAAAAACCUGCAUGUGGGCGCCUCAGUUACCGAGUUUUUGUAAUCCUGUCUCAGUCCAAGCAGAGGGGAAACAUUCUCCAGAGGUGAACUGCAACACAGAAGACCUUUUUUUUUCUUUUCCCUACAACUUCCUCCUUUACACACUCCAUCUUUAACCUGUGCUAUCGCUUUACCCCAAGGACCAAAGCCUGGCGGCUGGCUGGAAAGGAGGCAUGUGUACCUGCGGUUAGGAUACCACAGCCAGUCUAGGGAGGUAGGUUUUGUGGGUCCUUUGGAACUUAGACUGUGAGGCUAGCUUACAGCUGUGUUGUUUUGAUGGUUCCUUUUGUUUUCGGGCUCAUAAAAUGUCUUAGCACUUUGCCCAUGGCCCAAGGUGAACUUUUUAGGGUGUUUUCCAAGAAGCUUAGGUAAGGUUACCUGCAGGGCCAGGUCAUAGUGGUCACACAAUGAAGACAGAACAACUCACGUAGAAAAGCUGGUUAGUUACUGGGAGGCUCAUUUCCAUGUAAGUGGAAAGUGUCUUCCUCCCCUUCCACCGUGAAAACUAUGUAAACUUGAAAGAAAAGUCAUCCAUGAGCUCCUUCAGGCUGUGAUUUGUAACAACCCACAGGGAACAUCACAGGUGACUUUGGAGUAAGGGCUAUGUUACCAUCCUCAAGCACUGCAGCUCUGUAGACGGAGAUGUUCUGCUAGAAGGAGGGGGGUUCCUUAAGGGAAGAGGUACCCUUGCCUUAGUCCAUUCUGUUUCCCUCCUAUCCUUCUGCAUUUUCAAGCUGAUGAUCUGUCACAGUAGGAAGAGCAUUCUCCACCCUCCCCUUUGCCCUCCUGAUACAGGAAGUCAGUGCCCUGGUCCAGUCUUGGGUUUCCCUCCAAAGGACCUUUUUCUGCACUGGAAGCCUUUACACCUAGCUUGCUUGUUUUGUUACUGCUAUGUUUAGAUAAUAGGACAGAUAUUUGUGCCACAUGGUAUUUUUUUUUUUAAGAAAAACCUAUAGGUGAAAAAUUACUAAUGAAACUGUGCGUGUAUGUACGUGCAACAAAAAUACAAUAGUAUCUAAGGAGCUUGAAUCUUGGUUCCUGUAAAACUGCAUAUUGAUGUGGUAUUAAUAAAAAAAUAAAAAACAAUGACUGUGGUGUCA